UUUGCACACAUGUGCAAAAACACGCAAUAAAUAAGUAGAAUGUUAAGUAAAUUAUAGAAGCUAUAGUAACACAAACAAUUUCUAUUUUCCUCUCAAUACUAAAUAAAGUGAACGAUAAUAUCGACAAUAUUUCUAUACAAGCGAUAAAAUACGGUUUUCGCCAUGAAAACAAUCGAAAACUGGAGGAGGAAAGGAGACAAUAUUCGCGCAAGUGGUGAAGAAACUAUAAUGCUAAUGGGUUAUGCAAAUUACACUAACUGAUAACGCAAUGUAUAUAAAUUGUAACAUUUUCUGUCCGCCUUAGUAGUUUGCCGAGAAAUCGAGAAAGGUAUCAGCAAAGCGGCGCCAACAAAAGUUGAAUAUAUCGACUCAAAGAAGGAUAAUGGCAAGAAUCUACAUUCUUCUUUGUAACGUCAUAAUCGCGGUAUUUACCAUCGUAACCGCGACCAAUUACUGCGACGUGGAAUCAUGCGUGGCUAAAAGAGCAUUGCACACUAUGUGCAAAUAUACUUCAUCAGAACCAGCGAGUGCAUGCGGAAAAUCAUCUAAUAUUGAUCUUACAAUUAGUGAAGCUGACAGGCAAACUAUAGUCGAUAAACACAAUGAACUGAGACGACGAGUCGCAACAGGUGGAGAGAAAAAAGGACAACUCAGGUCUGGGAUAAAGAACUGGUCCACAACCCGCGGCGAAGAGCAUGCCAGACUUGGUCUGGGAUAAAGAACUAGAAGAUAUUGCGCAAAGGUGGGCUAUUCAAUGCGAUUUCAAUCAUGACAAAUGCAGAAAUGUAGAUAGAUUUGAAGUUGGUCAGAACAUAGCCCAAACGUCUUCUUCGGGAGAAAACACAUCCAGUUUGCAAAGUAUGAUCCAACUAUGGUACGAUGAAGUGGAUAAGUUCGAUAAAAAUAAAGUCUCUUCAUAUGAAUUUGAUCCGAAUACAAGCCACUAUACCCAAAUAGUCUGGGCUAACACAACUAAAAUCGGUUGCGGAAUAAUAAAGUAUACGAAGUCAAACGGCUGGAAUACGAAAUAUCUAGUUUGCAAUUACGGUGAAAGUGGAAAUUGGAUCGGUGAAAAAAUUUAUGAAAUUAAGAAAUAAGUUCAACCAAUAGAUUAAAGAUGCAAUAUACAUAUUCAUAAAAAGUAAUAACACGAAAGAAAAUGGGAAAGAAAAUAAGAGUGGCAGUAUGUUUUGUCAACAUAGAAACAGAUAAUUGCAAUUGUUGUAAUAAUAUUAAUAGAAAGCAAACCUUGUUUAAAAAUGCUACUGAAGGUAACUAUUUGUCGGAAAAAUGCAUUAUGAUGAAAAUUCUAAACUAUUUAACAUAUUUUAAACUAUUUAAAAACAAGUUACAAGAGCAUAAGAGAAUGUGUACUGUAACAAAGACAUUAUUGACACAUGCCGUUCCAUUACAAAAAAAAACAUUUUAUAUUUAAUAUCCGUAAUUUGGAAGAAAUUGUAUUUUUAUCAAACAUAAUGCAUCAAUCUUGCUACUAAAAGUAAAACAUUAAAGUAAAAGAAGUUAAAGUUAAGUAUCUGAUGGAGUGAAAGAGAGAAUAAUACUGACGUAAAAAAUGAGAGAAAAAUUAAUCACAAUGCAUUGAAAUGAAAUGUACAUAGCAACAUUAUAUGUAACUAUUAUAAUUUUUUGUAAGAGUAGAUACAAUUUAAAAAAUACUUUAGGGGAACACAAACAGUAACAAAUACGUUAUCAUGUUAUGUGUUGUUUUAUUAACAAAAAAACACUUUAGGUCUAAUACUUGUAAUUUAUAAGAAAAUUGUAAACAUUGUAUAUGUACUCCUAUCAAAUAUACAGUAUAAAUGCGACUGAAGAUCAUUAUUUGUCGGAAAAAUGCAUUAUAAUGAUUCUAAACUAUUUAAAAUAAUUUGAACUACUUAAAAAAACUACUUUAAAAGAACACUUAAGAGAAUUCUUACUCUAACAAGGACAGCAUUGACACAUGCAAUUCCAUUGCAAAAAAAACAAUUUACGAUAAAUACCCUUAAUUUAGAAGAAAAUUGUAUUCUUAUCAAACAAUGCAUCGACCUUGCACCUGAAACUUUAGCAAAAAUACAACUCAAAAUGUUCUCGUUAGAUUUUCAAUUUAUGGUCUUGUUUUAAAAAUAAUAAAUGAAUUACAUUUGAGUUAUAGAUUAUAUUGAAAGAAAAAUAUUGUAAAAAGUUUGACAUUUGCUGUACAAAUUGUACGCUAUGUAAAUGAUAACUUCAUUCAUAAGCAAAAACAAAUAUGUACUGCUAUAUAGAAUGAUUUAGAAAAUUGUUCACAAUAGUUUUGAAAUGUUGCUAUAAUAUUGUUCAAACUAUUACGCUCAAACUAUUAGUUUACGCCUCUCUACUUAUAAUAGGACUAAUUUAGACUAGAGUGACAGACGUAGCAUCAAUGUUACAUUGAAAAACACGUACAUUGUCAUAAUUUUACAAUGGCCCGUUGUUGCAUUUAAUAAAAAUAUUUUGAACAA